GCGGCCGCGGGCACGCGCGCUGUCGGCGUCUGGGCCUCGGCGGGAGCUGCGGCCGGCCGCCGCGAUGCCGUUCCUGCACGGCUUCCGGAGGAUCAUCUUCGAGUACCAGCCGCUGGUGGAUGCGAUUCUGGGCUCCCUGGGCGUCCAGGACCCCGAGCGGCAGGAGCCCCUGGACGGGCCCAGUUAUGUCGCCAGCGAGGAGAGCCGAAUCCUUGUUCUCACUGAGCUGCUGGAGAGAAAAGCCCACUCUCCCUUUUACCAAGAAGGCGUGAGCAACGCCCUGCUGAAGAUGGCCGAGCUGGGGCUGACCCGGGCGGCCGACGUUCUCCUGCGGAACGGGGCCAACCUCAACUUCGAAGACCCAGUCACCUACUACACGGCCCUGCACAUCGCCGUCCUGCGCAACCAGCCUGACGUGGUGGAGCUGCUGGUGCGCCACGGGGCUGACAUUAACCGGAGGGACCGGAUCCACGAGAGCAGCCCCCUGGACCUGGCUAGUGAGGAGCCUGAGCGCCUGCCCUGCCUUCAGCGCCUCCUGGACCUUGGAGCUGAUGUCAACGCGGCUGACAAGCAUGGAAAGACUGCUCUGCUGCACGCUCUGGCCAGCAGUGACGGGGUGCAGAUCCACAACACGGAGAACAUCCGGCUCCUACUGGAAGGAGGGGCAGACGUCAAGGCUACCACCAAAGAUGGGGACACUGUGUUCACCUGCAUCAUCUUCCUGCUUGGGGAGACGGUGGGAGGGGACAAAGAGGAGGCCCAGAUGAUCAACCGCUUCUGCUUCCAAGUGACGCAGCUGCUGCUGGCUCACGGGGCCGACCCCAGUGAGUGUCCGGCCCACGAGUCCCUCACCCACAUCUGCCUCAAGAGCUUUAAGCUGCAUUUCCCUCUCCUGCGCUUCCUGCUGGAGUCCGGAGCCGCCUAUAACUGUUCCCUCCACGGCGCGUCCUGCUGGUCCGGCUUCCACAUCGUCUUCGAGAGGCUCUGUUCCCACCCGGGCUGCGCCGAAGACGAGAGCCACGUGGACCUCCUGCGCAAAGCCGAGACCAUCCUGGACCUCAUGGUCACUAACUCCCAGAAACUCCAGUUGCCGGAAAACUUCGACAUCCAUCCUGUGGGCAGCCUGGCCGAGAGGAUCCAGGCGCUCCACUGCUCCCUGCGGCGGCUGGAGAGCCACCCCCCGCCCCUCACGCACCUGUGCCGCGUUUCCAUCCGGCUCUGCCUUCAGCCGUGGCCCGUGGACGCGAAGGUCAGAGCCCUCCCUCUGCCCGACAGGCUGAAGUGGUACCUCCUCAGCGAGCACAGCGGCUCCGUGGAAGACGACAUCUGACAGCUCCGGACCGAAGCGGGCAGGGCCUGGGCAGCUCAGCCUGCUGGUGGCUUCAGCUACCUGCGCAGCCUUGGGGGAGAACCUGCGGUCCGUCUGUCAGGAGGUGCAGGGUGGAGACGAGACUGACCCUCACUGAGACAGAGCCAGGUGGGGCCCGGCAGCCGCCCUCAUUCCCGUGGGAGAAGGCUGCCGUCUCCUCCACGGAGACUGCCCGUCUUUCUGGCGGCACCCUCAGUCUCAACCCACGCUGGAAAAAGGGACAGGGUGUGGACGUGGGACACGCGUACACCCUCUCAGUUUGAGGGGCGUCAGGCGUUUACAGAAGCAGGGCGGCUCCGAGUCUAGGUCCUCCUGA